AUUUUAAGUCAAUUGACGAAAAAGGCGUCGUCGCUUCAUCGUAGAAGACUCCCAGUUUUGUGGAAAAUUAUAAAAGUUAAUGCUAUUACCUGAUAAAAUGGGAACAUUAACCGAUUUUGGACAAAUAGCUUUGAAAUGGGAUCCGAAAAAUUUGGAAAUUCGUACAAUGUCAGUUGAAAAAACCCUGGAGCCCCUGGUGCUGCAAGUUACCACUCUUGUUAAUACCAAAGGUCCGAGCAAAAAGAAAAAAGGAAAAUCAAAACGUGCAAGCGCGUUGGUUGCAGCUGUGGAAAAGGCUACGGAAAAUUUUAUUCAAAAAGGCGAACAGAUUGCCUAUGAGAACCCCGACAUUACUCAAGAAAUGUUAGCAGCUGUCGAUGAAGUGAAAAAAACCGGCGAUGCUAUGAGUAUUGCAGCUAGGGAAUUCUCCGAAGAUCCAUGUAGUUCUUUAAAGAGAGGGAAUAUGGUGCGAGCAGCUAGAAAUCUGCUAUCAGCUGUAACUCGUUUGCUCAUUUUAGCUGACAUGGUAGAUGUUCAUUUACUUCUCAAAUCGCUUCAUAUUGUGGAGGAUGAUUUAAACAAACUAAAAAAUGCAUCAAGUCAGGACGAGCUUAUGGACAAUAUGAGGCAAUUCGGUCGCAAUGCUGGAGAACUUAUAAAACAAGCAGCCAAACGUCAACAGGAACUCAAGGAUCCUCAGUUAAGAGAUGAUUUAGCUGCUGCUCGUGCGAUGCUUAAAAAGCAUUCUACUAUGCUUUUGACUGCAUCAAAAGUAUAUGUUCGCCAUCCCGAACUGGAUCUAGCAAAAGUAAAUCGCGAUUUUAUUCUCAAACAAGUUUGUGAUGCUGUGAAUACUAUCAGCGAUGUUGCUCAAGGAAAGUCAUCCCAACCGACAGAUAUUUACAGUGGAGCAGGAGAACUAGCUGCAGCAUUGGAUGAUUUUGACGAAGGCAUCGUAAUGGAUCCUAUGACCUAUAGCGAAAAGCGUUCGCGACAAUUGCUAGAAGAACGGUUAGAGAGUAUUAUUAGUGCGGCAGCGUUAAUGGCGGAUGCAGACUGCACUCGAGACGAACGACGAGAGAGAAUAGUGGCCGAAUGCAAUGCUGUACGACAGGCUUUACAAGAUUUGCUUUCUGAAUAUAUGUCAAACAUGAGUCAAAAAGAUAAUAGCCCUGGACUUUCCAGAGCGAUUGACCAAAUGUGUCGCAAAACUCGUGAUCUUCGAAGGCAACUACGAAAAGCUGUUGUUGAUCACGUUUCUGACUCAUUUUUGGAAACAACAACUCCUUUGUUGGAUUUAAUCGAAGCUGCGAAGACCGGUAAUGAAAAAAAGGUUCGGGAAAAAGCUGAUAUUUUUACUAAGCACGCUGAAAAACUCGUUGAAGUAGCUAAUUUGGUUUGUAGCAUGUCAAGCAAUGAAGAUGGUGUUAAAAUGGUUCGGUACGCUGCUGCCCAAAUUGAAAGUCUUUGCCCACAAGUCAUAAAUGCAGCAUCUAUUUUGACUGUACGACCCAAUUCCAAAGUAGCUCAAGAAAAUAUGACUACUUAUAGGCAAGCUUGGGAAGUUCAAGUUCGUAUACUUACCGAAGCAGUGGAUGAUAUUACAACUAUUGAUGACUUUCUUGCUGUAUCUGAGAACCACAUUCUUGAAGAUGUUAAUAAAUGUGUAAUGGCUUUGCAAAUUGCUGAUGCUAGAGACUUGCGUACCACUGCUGGAGCCAUUCAAGGUCGUUCUUCGCGAGUUUGUAAUGUUGUUGAAGCUGAAAUGGACAAUUAUGAACCAUGUAUUUAUACCAAAAGAGUGCUAGAAGCAGUAAAAGUUCUUCGAGAGCAAGUUAUGAUGAAAUUUGAACAACGCGUGGGAGCUGCAGUUGGAGCGCUUUUAAAUAGCUCAAAUAAAGAUGUUGACGAAAAUGACUUUAUUGAUGCUUCUCGUUUGGUGUACGACGGAGUCCGUGAAAUUCGAAGAGCCGUUUUAAUGAAUCGAAGCUCGGAAGACCUUGAUACUGAUACAGAAUUUGAGCCUGUUGAAGACUUGACUUUAGAAACUCGAAGUCGAUCAAGUGCUCAUACUGGCGAUCAAACAGUUGAUGAGUAUCCGGACAUUAGUGGCAUAUGUACAGCUCGAGAAGCUAUGCGAAAAAUGACUGAAGAAGAUAAACAGAAAAUAGCUCAACAGGUCGAGUUGUUCCGCAGGGAAAAACUUACCUUUGAUUCAGAAGUUGCUAAAUGGGAUGAUACUGGAAAUGACAUAAUUUUUCUAGCUAAACAUAUGUGUAUGAUUAUGAUGGAAAUGACCGACUUUACCAGAGGGAGGGGACCCUUAAAAACUACCAUGGAUGUAAUAAACGCAGCCAAAAAAAUAUCGGAAGCAGGUACAAAACUGGACAAACUAACCAGGGAAAUAGCAGAACAAUGCCCAGAAAGUAGCACCAAAAAAGAUUUGCUAGCGUACUUGCAGCGUAUUGCCCUUUAUUGUCAUCAAAUUCAAAUAACUUCAAAAGUAAAAGCAGACGUUCAAAACAUUAGUGGCGAACUAAUAGUUUCUGGACUGGAUAGCGCAACAUCGUUGAUUCAAGCUGCUAAAAAUUUAAUGAACGCCGUUGUACUAACAGUAAAAUACUCAUAUGUGGCAUCAACAAAAUAUACAAGACAAGGAACUGUUUCUUCUCCAAUUGUUGUAUGGAAAAUGAAAGCGCCAGAAAAAAAGCCUUUGGUCAGGCCGGAAAAGCCAGAAGAAGUACGAGCAAAAGUUCGUAAGGGGUCGCAAAAAAAGGUUCAAAACCCAAUACAUGCUUUGUCUGAAUUCCAAAGUCCCGCCGAUGCUGUAUAAAUUGUAUCUCUACAUUACGGUAAAAGAAGUAAUACAGAAAUUUGGUUCAGUAUUGUGCUUGUGUUUGGGUUCCAAAACCAAGUUUUAAGCAGCUAUUUAUCACAUUUUAUGAAUUAAAGCAUUCUUAAAUAAAAAUCAUUUACAUCUUAACAAAUAAUAAAAAAGGAAAACAAACGCC